ACGGACGCUGCUGCAAUGAACAUUCUCAACGUAACGAGUGGCGUUCAGAACAACCUUCUACAGUCAUAUUUCGGAGAGACGGGUAUAGAGUACACGAUCGGUAGGGUUCCGAUGGGUGGAUGCGAUUUCUCCACGCGCAAGUAUACGUACGACGACACGGAGGAUGACUUUAUGCUCUCGCAUUUUUCCCUUGCCAGCGAGGACCUGGAAUACAAAAUUCCUGUCAUCAAGAGAGCACUGUCCAUGUCGCGGUCCCCUAUCCCGCUCUAUGCGAGUCCGUGGAGUGCACCGGCAUGGAUGAAAACCAACAACGACCUCGCAGGUCAAGGGUCACUCAAGGGUCAGCCGGGCGGGCCUUACUACAAGACGUGGGCGAACUAUUUUGUGAGGUUUCUUGACGAGUAUGCCGCCAACGAUGUACAUUUCUGGGGAAUUACGGCGCAAAAUGAGCCGCUAGAUGGCAGGAUCAAGAACUUCUCGUUCAACGCGAUGGCGUUCACUGCCGAACAGCAGAGAGACUUCAUCGCCAGCGAUCUCGGGCCGGCACUCGCUGCCGGCGGCUACGGAAAACUUAAACUAAUGAUACUCGACGAUCAACGCCUCAUGUUACCGCAGUGGGCAAGAGUGGUCUUGUCCGAUCCCGAGGCGGCCAAAUUCGUGUCGGGCAUAGCUGUCCACUGGUACAUAGAUUUUCUCGUCCCGGUCAGCAUCCUCAGCGACACACAUAAAGAAUUCCCCGACACGUUCAUUCUUGCCACAGAAGCUUGCAACGGGGACCUGCCGUGGGACAUUCAGAAAGUCAAGCUCGGCAGUUGGAAGCGGGGCGAGAACUAUGCACACAGCAUUACCGAGGAUCUGAACAACUGGGCGAUUGGAUGGACAGACUGGAAUCUGGCAUUGAACACAAACGGUGGCCCGAACUGGGCGAAAAACUUUGUUGACAGUCCCAUCAUUGUAAACGCGGAGACGGACGAGUUCUACAAGCAGCCCACUUACUACGCGAUUGGACACUUUAGGUGAGUAUAACAGUUUACCAAACGCGUAGACACGAAUUAGUUUUUCCGAUAAGGCAGGAGCGACGUGACAG